AUGCACUGGAGAGCGCCAACGACUAUGCUGGCCACGUUUGCCACUGGGGCUGCAUUCGCCGUGGGCCACCAUUUCUUCUACCAGUCACUCCAUGGCACGCCUGUCGAGAUGACCAAUUUCGACCAGCAGAUCAACUUUGGCAUCGGCACAUCCUUCACCUUUUUGGUUCGGUCUUUUCUGACCAUGGCUGUCGGCACCGCGUUUGUCCAAGUUCUAUGGCGGGAACUUCUCAGCGAGCAAAUAGCGGUGUCGAGGAUCGAUUCGAUGACCCAACUGUUGACAUCAAUAUUUGAUCUGCUGAAUAUGAAAACUCUUUGGCAACAUCCCGUGCUCGCAUAUCUGGCCAUCAUUUCAUGGACGAUACCCAUUGCGGCGGUUGUACCUCCAGCGUCCCUCUCCGUACGCCGCGUCACCGAACCUCGUGUCGAAUACAUAACGAACAAUCUGCCCCUCCUGGACUUUACGAAACAAACAUUUGCAGCAGUCGCCAAUUAUGUGUCGCCGGAUAUUGGUUUCAGCGUAUGUUUUGAGGGUGGUUCGACCGGGCUGGACCAACUUGCCCAGGAGGGGGCAGUUCGGGGCCAGAUAUUGUCACGGACAGCGCCAGCUCCAAACUCUUCGUACUCAUUGCAGUUCUUCGGGCCAUCGAUCCGUUGCCAACCGACCGCUGACACAGUCAUGAGCUCUUUCGACGCUGUGUUCGGGUGCAACUUGACCGUAACCAACUACACUGAUAAUUUCUGUGGGUUCAACUACAGUUAUCUGGCAUGGACACCGGACCCUACCGUCCGAGUACCUUUCGAUACCGGAAGCGUCACAAACGACAGCCUUGACUUCAGGCACGAUCAAUCAACGUGCACUGACCUGUCCAGCAUCGGUGGCUUCGCUCAAGAGCCCGUCAUGAUCUAUAUCGGGACCUUUACAGACACGGGCAAUUGGUCAGUGCUAAACUGUUCCCUCUACAACGCCUCGUAUACCACCAAGGUCGACUACCAGGAGAGUGUUGAAACGAUCUCGACCACCACUCAACCCCUGAACGGCCUCCCUCUCCUCCCAGUUGAACACCAUGCAGAAUCCUACUCAGACUUGACCGAAGCAGAGCGGGUUGGCAUGAGCUACCAGGCGGUGAUGGAGAGCUUUGGCAAAAUCAUGGUGGGUGGGAUCUGGUAUUCCGGGGACGCGCCUUGGGAGGUCGAGGUCGAUGCCACAUCGGUGCUGUUGACGAGCUUAAAAAACUGUAUGGAGCUAGGCGGCAAUGAUUCGAUGACAUCUCUUGCCCAGGCGACCGAGCAGCUCUUUGAGAACAUCACCAUCAGCCUCUUUAGCAAGCCGGACUAUGUUUGGGCCCGACUGGCGCUCGCUUAUGGACUGGCCAUCUUUUUCGCCGCGGUCGCCGUGCUGAUUGGGGGAUUGGCUCUUUUGGCCUCGAAUCAGAGCUAUCAAUAUACUUUCUCGACCGUGAUGCGAGUGACCCGACAGAGAGCCAUCGAUGCCAUGAUCAGGCCCGAGGACAUGAACGGCCAAGCUCCACUGCCGAAGCAUAUUGGACAAGCUCGUAUCAUGGCAGGGCACGAAAAGAGCGACGACCUUGGUAUUGGUGUUGGUGUUGGUGUUGCGACUGUGGCUGUGGCUGAACCGUCCCAAGAGCCGCGGCAGACUAUGCAGGAGACACAGCCCUUGGCCCGCCUGGAUGAAAGCCGUCAUGGGGGCGGUAGUAUUGGUGACGGUGACGGUGAUGGUGAACGGAAGGAUAAUGGUUAUGACAGGCAAGACGUCGCUGAAGAGACCGAAACUGAGACUGGGACUGAGACUGAUGAACAUCGGCAAUGA